AUGCCUUUGAAUAAUAGUAAAAAGUCAGACCGCAAAGAAAAAGGGAAAGCAAAUGCAAGUACAAGUGCAUCUACUUCCACCAGUCGUGUUUUGGCUGGCUAUGUUUUGCCUUGUGAAAUUGCCCCAAUCAACACAAACAUUGAAGGUGUUAAGAGUGACAUUGCUAUUAUCAACACCAACAUGACUACUUUCAAAAACAAGCUUGGAGUAUUGGUUGGCAUGUCUGGAAAGACAAAUAUGGCUUAUGUUGAAUUUGCCAAAGCCUAUGCCAAUGACCAGGUCUGCAUAGCUAGUGUAGGAUCAUCUUUGAUGACAUAUUCUGCCCUUCCACCCUCUCUUAGUGAUGCUGAAACGACUGCGGUUAUUUUGGCGGCUUUGUGGCGGUUUUUUGCCAAAUAUCCACUUUGCCCCCCUGGAGUUUAA